AUGUCCUCUGCACUCUUACACCCACCUGCACAUCUCCCGCCAGCACUGGCCUUACAAAACUCUCAGCAAGCUCCCUCUAUAUUGCGAAACACACCUUCAUCGAUAUCAUCAUGGUCCUUAAGCUCGAUUUGGACGGCUGCGGAAUCACCAGAAUUGUGGACUACUUACGAAAACCUAUUAAUGUCAUGCUUGCGAACUGGUGAUGAGAAAUCUGCGCAGCUAUGUAUCAAGCGACUCCAGGAAAGGUUCGGGGUUGAAAACGAGCGGAUUAUGGCAAUGAGAGGAUUACUCUGUGAAGUCAACGCAGAAGACAAUGCAGCAUUACAAAAAGUACUGGACGGAUACGAACAAAACUUGUCGGAUAAUCCAAAUAACAUGCCUAUCUUGAAACGUCGUAUUUCGGUUCUCAGGUCACUUGGAAAAACCUCAGAGGCAAUUACCGCACUCAAUGAGUUGUUGGACUUAUCCCCCACGGAUGCAGAAUCCUGGGCAGAGUUGGCAGAUCUUUAUGUUUCGCAGGGCAUGUAUCCACAAGGAAUUUUUGCAUUGGAAGAGGUCCUGCUCAUCACACCUAAUGCAUGGAAUAUGCACGCCCGACUCGGAGAGAUUCUAUACAUUGCCGCAGGUGUGAAUGAUUCGAACUCGGACCGGUACCUUGCAGACUCUUUGCGAAGGUUUUGUAGAAGCAUCGAAUUAUGUGAUGACUAUCUUCGUGGAUACUAUGGCUUGAAACUGGCUAGUAGUCAACUUCUCCGCAAGCCCCCAACAAGUCGAAACAGCAAACCAGAUAAUAAUCUGCCCUUCCCAGAUACAAACACAAUCGAGAAGCUGAAUGAGACGGCUACAUCUAAAUUAUCGGAAAUCGUCCGACGAAGUGCUGCUAAAGAACCUGGCUGGGAGGGUUAUGACGAAGCUUCCCUCAUCGCCGCUCGUGAAUUAUUGAAUAGAGAUUCGGGUUCUAUUACUCGUUGA